AUGCUCGAAGUCUACUGUGAUCCUUGCACGGUCAAUAGCCGCAAGGUUCUGGCAGGCCUCGACCUCUUGGGCACCAAAUACCACUUCAACCAUGUCAAUUACUUCACUGGUGAACACAAGAGUCCGGAUUACCUGAAAAUCAAUCCACAUGCCACUAUGCCGGCUGCGGUGGACGGAGAUUUGAAGAUCACUGAGUCCAAUGCCAUCCUGCAGUACGCCGCAGAUGACUGUGGUUCAAUGUACCCGAAAGACUCCAAACAGCGAUGUGCCGUGAAUCGCUGGCUUCUGUGGGAAGCCUCGAUUUGGUUUCCCAGCUGCUAUAUCUAUCUGGUGGAAUACGUGGUGAAGCCGCUUCUCCAGGAGGAACCCGAUCAAUCGGUCAUCGAUGCAGAGGCACCAAAGUGGCACAGGCACGCCGCAAUUCUUGAUGAACAGCUGUCGAAGACCAAGUGGCUUACUGGCGACAAUGUCACCAUUGCCGAUAUUGCUGUUGCUGCACCCAUGCACCUGCAUGCCGCUCAACGCCUCCCGCUCGACAAGUAUCCCCAUCUCACGCGUUGGCUGACGGAGCAAGUCGAAAAGCUCCCUGAAUGGCAGAAUACCCAAGCCGCUGUCGACAAAGCCUUAUUGCCAGGUAAGGCUGCCACCACCAAUGGCACGGCUGAAGUUACCCACGCUAAUUUCAACUACACAAAGGACGUUGAGAAGCGGACCGAGCUUUACUUCUACGAGUGUGAGGCUGCAAAGAACAUUCAUGAACCUGGGGAUGAUCCGCACGAAAUGACUGUGACCGAUGGGUGGCACAGAGCCGACUCCUUCUCUGUCGACAAGGAAGGAUUUUCUGUUGGUCAGUUCAAGACCGGUUUUGACAAAUGGGAAGACGAGGAUUCCGUUCGCGAGCAGUUCUACCCCGAAAUAGUGGAAUUUCUGAAGAAUACCACAGGCGCGAAGCGCGUGCUCGUCUUUGACCAUACCAUCCGCACCAAGCGGAACGAAGCCAAGAAGCUGACUCAAGAGACAAAUACUUCGCAGCGCGCUCCGGUCAUGCUGGUCCAUUGUGAUUACACUGCAGAAUCCGGUCCUGUUCGUGUCCGCCAACUAAUGCAAGAUGAGGCCGACGACCUCCUUUCUCGGCGCGUGGCAUUCUUCAACGUGUGGAAGCCGCUUUACCAUACUGUUGAGGAGCGACCAUUGGCCAUGUGCGAUGUGUCCUCAGCUCCCAUGGAGGACUUCUUCAAGUUGUAUCUCCGGUAUCGUGAUCGUGUUGGGGAGAACUAUGUCAUGCGAUACUCGCCGAACCAUAAGUGGUGGUAUUUCCCAAGGAUGACGCCAGAGCAGGUGAUUACUCUGAAGACAUAUGAUUCCGAGACCGAUGGGCGUGCUCGUUUCGUGGGACACAGCGCGUUUGAGGAUCCAAACUCUCCCCCUGAUGCUCCAAUCCUGGGGUUAGUCCCACAUGUGCAAAUACUCAGCCGGGACAUGAGCACCACCUUUGGCUACCGCGUCGUGUAUGGCAUAAUGUCUUCGUCCUCCAGCUCCCCGGCUUUGCCGCCACAGUAUCCCGCCUCGUACUCGGGAAUCCCUGAGAGGCUAUUGCACAAAGCCAUCCGAGAGAAAUCAAGGCUAUGGCAAAACCAGUCGAAGGAAGACCAAACUCCCAGGAAAAGAGGCUUGGCCAUUCCUGCCGGUAUUGGGCGCUCGGAAUUUCUCAAAGCAUUGGACGAGUUGGCGACAACCCUGGGAGGAGAGCACGUUGUGUUGAAUGAUCAACCUCUCGAGGAUGGAUGGUAUUUGGAGCAACCCAACACGCACGAUUCUUACAUGAUCAUGGACGCGGAAGAGACGGUAUCGUCAGCUUGUGUCUAUCCAGGAAGCGUGGCAGAUGUUCAAAUUGUGGUCAAGUGGGCCAAUCAACAUCUUGUCCCUCUGUAUCCGAUCUCCAUGGGACGAAACUUGGGCUAUGGUGGUGCCGCACCGCGCGUCCGUGGGUCGGUCAUUGUUGACCUAGGUAGACGGAUGAACAAAAUCUUGGACAUCGAUCCAGAUGACUGCACCUGUCUGGUCGAGCCGGGGGUGUCUUUUUACGCCCUGUAUGAGGAGAUCAAGAAGAAAGGAUAUUCCAUGUGGGUGGACACGCCAGACCUUGGGGGUGGCUCAAUCAUUGGAAACACUCUCGAACACGGAGUCGGCUAUACGCCGUAUGGAGAUCAUUGGUCGACUCAUUCGGGCCUCGAGGUAGUCCUUCCAACUGGCGAUCUGCUCAGGACCGGAAUGGGCGCCCUUCCUGGCAACAAUACCUGGCAAACCUUUCCAUACGGGUUUGGGCCGAUAUCAGAUGGGAUCUUUUCGCAGUCGAACUUUGGGAUUGUCACAAAGAUGGGCGUCGCCUUGAUGCCAGAUCCCGGCGGCUGCGAGAGUUUCAUGUAUACGUUUCCGCGCGAAGAUGACCUGCUGCCAUUGAUCGAUAUUGUCCGGCCGUUGAGAAUUGCCAACUUGCUCGAGAAUGUCGCCCAGAUCAGACACGCCACAAUCGAGUUGGCAGUUUCAGGGCUUCGGCGCUCGCACUACUAUAAAGGAACAGGUCCGAUACCUGAAGAAGUCCUGCAGUCCCAUCUGGAGGCAACGCCGCUUGGGCGAUGUUCCUGGAUCUACUAUGGGACCUCUUACGGGCCUGAAAACAUUCGGAAAUACAAGCUGGACAUUGUCCAUCAAGAAUUUACCAAAAUUCCUGGGGCGAAAAGGAUUGACCCUCAGACACUGCCAAAGGACCACUAUUUCUGGUCUCGGGCCAAAAUUGCCGGGGGCGAACCGGACUUUGAAGAGCUUUCGUACAUGAACUGGGUGCCUAACGGAGCUCAUCUGGGGUUCAGCCCUGUCUCACCGACUCGUGGGCCCGAUGCCCUGAAAUUGUGGAAGAUAGCCAAGACGAGGCACGAGGAGCACGCGAUCGACCUCUUUCUCACAUUUUGCGUAGGAUUGAGGGAACUUCACAUGAUCAAUCUCAUUGUCUAUGACCGAGGCAGCUCCGAAAGGAGAAAGGCCGUAGAAAGUUGCAUGCGGGCGAUGAUCGAGGACGCAGCGAAACAAGGUUACGGAGAGUAUCGCACCCAUCUUCUCUUCCAAGACCAAGUCGCCCGGACGUACAACUGGAACGAUAAUGCCCUCAUGAAGUUCAACGAGAAACUCAAGGACGCUCUCGAUCCAAAUGGGAUCCUUGCCCCGGGGAGAUGUGGUAUCUGGCCGGAGCGUUAUCGAGACCGAGGUUGGGAGAUUGGCAAGGAAGGAAGAGAAACCUCUGAAGGGGAAGGGGUCCGACCGCCCGGAGCAAGCGUGAAACUAUGA